UGAUGUGAUGUUCUCAGCCCUCUGGUGAUGCGUCCUGGACUGUCCAGGCUGGACAUCAUCGGAUAGUCACAUCAACAUAAAAGUAUAAGAUCAAAAUAAAUAAUAAGUUAAAAAUAAUUUAAACCACUUAGCGUUGGUAAUUUUCUCUCGAAAAAUGAAUCGCUGAUUAUACAUAAUAUCCUGCGAAGUUAACUACCAGCGUUAACAUCUUGCAUUAGUGGAUAUUGUUAAUAUAUGACGGAACGAUUACUUCAAAACAUUGGACUAAAAGUUCUGUGCUACCUAAUAUGCACAGAAUUCAACGUAUUUCGUUGAUCGAAGGAUUCUAUGCAAAGAUAAUACAUUAAUUGAAACUACAAAAUAAGUACGCUACUCGUUAUUGCGAAUGUGUACGAAGACGUCAUAACCUGUACGGUUUUUGACGAUUUAUUGUUCUUAACAUACAUUAACUGAUAAAGACAGUUGGUUUAUAACGUAACACAUGUUACGUAUUUUAAAAAAUUAAUAAAAUAAUGUAAUACAGAAUGUGAUAACGAAAUUUGAACAUUUCGAGUGAAACGACGCUGAAAUACAUUUUAUAGUGUCAUUAUGACGCGUAAGUGUGUAAUAUGUAAAGAAACCAACUACAAGAAUACUUAUAGCUUUUUCUCGGCGCCAAAGGAUCCAGAGACACGUAAAAAGUGGCAAAAUGUAAUUUCCAUAGAGAAUUACGCUGUCACAGAUGAUACAUAUGUUUGUAGCAAACACUUCAACGAAGAUGAUAUCAUUACACAUUGGGUUAGCGGAGUGCCACCACAUGUUAUAACUAUUAAAUAUAAAAAAUGUAGAUUACGUCCAGGAGCAGUGCCUAGCAACUAUCACGUAGAAGGAACCGUGCAAACGAUCAAGCAAGAACCUUACGAUCCUGAUAUAAACAUAAAGUAUUAUUCGCCAUGCAAGAUAAGAAAGAUAAGUUCGUUGGAUGAAAAAAAAAGAGAUCAUCUCAAAUCUAAAACUGAAAAGUCACAAAUAAAUUGCGACGAGAAUCGUAAAACUACACCUCGUCGAGAACUAUUUCAUAAAUUAGAUGAUUACGAAUAUAAUUCGAAUAGAAUCUCUUUUAUUAAGUUGGAAAUGCCAGAAAAUGACUCGAACGCGAGUAAGACGCACGAAGAGUCUAGAGUUCAAGAAUGCCUUGAGAAAAACUUAAAGCAAACGAAACAAAACAAACAGGUAUAUGAAAUAGAGGAAACCAUUCUUCCCCAUCAAGUUUCGACGGAGGAUGCGAAUUUUGAAAUUAAAAAGGAAGUACAAGCUCAGACAUGCAAAGAUCAUAAUUACUUGUCUGUGUCUAAAAAAGUAUUAGAAUCUGCCUCUAAAGUUUUCGAUGUUUCCGAAGAAGACGGGGAUCAAAGACCCGCAAGGGAAGAUUCUAAUUCUAAAGAGAAGGCGGUGUUUAAUAGCUUUCUAGAAAUAGAGCAUUUGUACGCGAAACGCCAAAUAGUAAAGGAUGUUAGUUAUGAUCAGUUAAACAAAUGCUAUUCUAUGUAUAAGGAUAUCGAAGACAUUGAAAUUUUAUUCGAAGAUUUACUCGAAGUAUGUACAGAAUUACUACUCCCGCCUGGUUGGUCUUGUUUAGUAACUUCGAAAGGCGAUGUUACGACGAUAGUGUAUCUUUUCAUGGCAAUGACAAAAAAUGGGAUGCCUUUCACGGAAAAACAAGUUUUUAUAAAGAGCGAUAUGGUAUUGCACUGUGUCGCCGUAAAUAGAGAAAUUAAUCCGCUCAUUCAUAAUUUGAUAAGAGAAGGAAAACAUUUAAAAGUACAAAAUUUAUUAGAUGUAGAAGAACUUAUCGACGAGUUCGAUCAAAGAACUAUUUGUCAAGGCAUACGUAAUACCAGAGUGUUUAGAAAAGUAUCCAACAUAAAAGUAGCUUACAAAGAUGGCAUAAAAUGGAGACAUAUUUCGUGUCCAUUAAUAGUGAAUAAUGAUUCGUUAAGAUGUACAAGAUGCAUUACUUUAGCUCAUAAAUUACAACAUAGAUCAAAAAGUUCUAAUUCUUUUUCUUGCAAUCUUCCUACAUUUACGAAGAAGAAACAAAAAAUACAUUCACGUCGCCAAAAAUCCAAAUGUACAAGAAAACACGACCGUAGAUACGAAUUUAUAAAAUUAAACAAGGAAUAAAUAAUUU